AUGUUUGAAGACGAGGCUGCGAACUUACACCUGAGGAAUGAGAAGCUACACGCCAAUAUAAAGAAGCUUAUUAAGGAGCGUAACGUUGAUGAUUUAGCGUUUUUGAAUUCAUUAAAUGAAAACAACAAACCUGAAUCAACUAUACCACCAAGUUUCACGCGGCACAAGACCGAAUUCCAAUCAAAUCUAGAGUCAAUAAAUAAGAUGGGGCCACCUAGUAAACGGGAACUAGAGCGAAGAAAAGAGAAUACUGAGGAAAGUAAACGUAACGAUAUAGGCACGCUGUUUCCAAAAGAGAUCAGCCCGAAGAAAACGCUGGUGGUGCAAGAGGAGAAUAAAAAACUAAAGAUGGAGAUUGCAAAGUUGAACAAGAAUAUCAACUCAUUAAAAAGGUCUGUUGAAGCAAAGGACCAAGAGAGGAAGGAAUUGAUCGAAGAUUACAAGGAUAAAGAAAGACGGAUUUUCAAGGAUCAAGAUUCCAACCAAGCUAGAUUAAGACGGGAGUACGACCAUAAGAUUCAGAAUUUGCAAGCCAAAAUUGACGAAAAGAACGAAAAUGAAGUCAAAUUAUCUCAAAAAUAUGAUCGUUUAAGAGAGGAAAGUUUAAUUAAGGACUCAAUCAUUCAAAAGUUGAAUGAUGAAAUCGUAAAAAAAGAUAAGGAUUAUAAGAAGAUGAUAGAAGAGAUUACUUUGGAGAGCCAACGAUGCAACGCGAAUAUACAACCCAAAAAGAGCGAGGAAGAGGAUGAGGAGAUUUAUCAUGCUCAAGAUGUUGGCAUCAGUAAUGAUCAGGAUCACUUAAAUAUAAAAUCAAGGUUAGAAGCUCUCGAUAGGCGAUUCGAAUCUAGAUUCAAGCAAGAAUUAGCCAAGAACGAAAAUGAGAUAAUCAAUGAUGAUGUUGCAUAUUUUAGUCAGACAAAAUCCACAAAAUUUGCUCAAACGCGUCCAACGUCGAUACCUGAUAGUGCUUAA